AUGGCCUCUCUACUCCGCCCUCGACCAGGCACCGUCUGCAAAUGCCAACGCUCCUUCUCCACCUCCACCCCCCGCGCCGUCUCCCUCCAGCUGGAAAAGAACGACGCCGAAGCAGUCGCCGACACCGUCCCCGCCUACCCCUACGGCCCAGCAAGAUGGUACAAACAAUCCCGCCUCGGCCUCUACGGCGGUCAACGCAUCCACUUCGGUAAUAAUGUCGGCGAUAAGUUCGAGAACAAGACGAGACGGAGUUGGCAUCCCAAUGUGCUCGUACGAAAACUAUUCAGCCAGAGCUUGGAUCGACAUGUGCAGGUGAGGGUCACGACGAGGACGCUCAGGACGAUUGAUAAGCUUGGAGGGCUGGAUGCGUAUUUGCUUGGGGAGAAGGAGGCGAGGAUUAGGGAGUUGGGGGAGAGUGGGUGGUGGUUACGGUGGGCGAUAAUGCAGACGCCUGCUGUGAGGCAGAGAUUUGCAGAGGAGAGGAGGGCGUUGGGUGUGCCGGAGGAGCAGCUCGAGGAGGAACUGGUCGAGGUUGAUCCAGCACAAAGCGUGGUUGAGGAGGUCUCGGAGGCAGAAGAAGAAGCUCUAGCUGAGACGGGUGAAGUGGUGCAGAUGGAUGAUGCUUUCCAGAUCGAGCAAACGCCUGAUCUAAAGCCCCUCAAGUUCCGUGUCUGUCCUGGCAAGCAUAUCUAUCUCACAUCUGAAGGCUGGCGACGCACACGACCCAGCCCGACACGUCUAGAGGACAUCGCCAUCUCGCGUCGACAAAAGAUUCUUGAAGAGAACGUCAUGCCCGAGCGCGAACGUGACUUUACUGCCGCUCUCCAGGCUCAGCAGCAGAGCCUGCCUGUUGCUCAGCGUUUAAGCUCGGAGGAGAGGACGAAGAUGCUGAGGAGGGCGAAGAAGGAGUGGAGUCGGGAACUGGCUGUUCAGGCGAGGGAGGACUUCGAACAGCAUGUCGCUGUGAGGGAUCAGAGGAAGGUGGAGCGGAAGGAGGCGAAGAAGAUGGAGAUGAAGAGGGAGAGGGAAGAGAGGGCUAGGGAGAUGGGUGUGGAGGCGGCGUAG